AUGGCUGAAGACGGAGAACAAAGGGUUAUUCUUAAUGUUGGUGGAGUAAAGUACGAAACAUAUCGCUCGACGCUGACAGAAUAUCCAGAAACUUUACUUGGAGUAAUGUUCAGCUCAAGAAAUGAAGCAUUAUUGCAUCCAACCAACAAAAACGAAUAUUUUUUUGACCGUAAUGGGAAGACGUUUAAUUAUAUAAUGACAUUUUACCGAACUGGAAAAAUUCAUUAUGAAAAAAAUCCCUUGGUUACCGAAUCAGAAUUAAACGCAGAACUUGAAUAUUUUCAAAUUCCGUCAACCGUAAACUAUUUCGACUUUGACCUGGCCUACAAGGAAGUUGAAAAGCUUUUAAACAAAUUUGUUGAUUUGAUUAAAUCUAUAGUUUUUGAAAAUAUUUGCGUUCUUGAACCAGACGUAAAAAUCGGGUUUUAUACUUUAUACUGUAAUUAUAAGGAGACGGAGACUCGAAUUUGUACAAAUUUUGAUAUUCUCAAUGACGUAACUAAAAAAGAGUUCAUUCGAUUUGAGGGUUUAGAUGAUAAGUGUUAUAUAGGAUCUAAAAUUCUAAAGGAAUGUUAUAACGAGAUAUAUGCACAUUUGGGCUGUGUGCUACCUGGGAAGCCAAUUAAACAAACUUCUGCCUAUAAACGUUAG